UCGGGGUCUAAGCGUCCGCGAAGCCUCGUGGUGGUGGUAGUGAUAUUCUCUCUCUCUGCUCGUUACCUUCUUGUAAACAACUCUCAUUAUACAACAACAAACACACCGCUGUUAACCCCUCGCCGCCAAGAUGGGGAAGCUGAACGCGGCGAUGCUAAGAUACCUGUCCAGGGACGACUUUCGGGUUCUGAUUGCGGUUGAGAUGGGCAUGAAGAACCACGAGAUCGUGCCCAACUGCCUCAUCACCUCCAUUGCCAACCUCAAGCACGGCGGCACCAACAAGAUCCUGCGGGAGCUCGUCAAGCACCGCCUGCUCGCCUACGAACGCGCCAAAACUGUGCAGGGCUACCGGCUGACCUUCUCGGGCUACGACUACCUGUCGCUGAAAACGCUGGCGGCGCGGGACACCGUGGCCUCCAUCGGCAACCAGAUCGGAGUCGGCAAGGAAUCCGACAUUUACAUCGUGGCGAAUGAGGAGCAGAAGCAGAUGGCCAUGAAGCUGCACCGGCUGGGCCGCACGUCUUUCCGCAACCUCAAGAUCAAGCGAGACUACCACAAGCACCGGCAGCGCGUCUCCUGGCUCUACCUGUCCCGCCUCGCUGCCAUGAAGGAGUACGCCUACAUGAAGGCGUUGUACGAACGUGGUUUCCCCGUUCCCAAGCCCGUCGACUUUUCCCGACACGCGGUCAUCAUGGAACUGCUCAGCGGUUACCCUCUCUGCCAGAUCCGCGAGCUGGCCGACCCGGCGGCGCUCUACAGCGACCUCAUGGAUUUGAUCGUGCGGCUGGCGAACCACGGCCUCAUCCACGGCGACUUCAACGAGUUCAACCUGAUGCUGGACCAGCGGGACCGCGUCACCAUGAUCGACUUCCCGCAGAUGGUGUCCACCUCGCACGCCAAUGCCGAGUGGUACUUUGACCGUGACGUCAAGUGCAUCAGAGACUUCUUCGCGAAACGCUUCGCCUACGAAAGCGAGCUCUACCCGACCUUCAGAGAUGUAAAGCGCGAGAUCAACCUGGACAUUGAGAUCUCGGCGAGCGGCUACACCAAGGACCUGCAGGAGGACGAUGAGCUCCUUCACCCGGCCGGGCCCGAGGCAGACGACGACACAGCCUCGUCCGACUCGGAAACGGAGCCACCCAACGCCGAGUCGCGGAUUUCACCAGCGGAAGAAAAUCCGGAAGAUGAUCUCGACAUUUCAGACGACGAGAAGGGCCCGACGACACAGUUUGACCUCGACCACGGCCGCCACGAAGCUGACUUGGGCCGUGAAGUUGACCUAGAUGAAGACCACGAUGACAAACUGGCUGAACAGGUGGAUAGGCUGGCAGUAAAAGACGAACCUUCCGGGGAACUGUGCCAAGAGGUCGGUCGAGUGGGGCCGCCACAGGAAGGUGUCACACCCGGCUCUGAUUGCGGUGAGCUUUGCCGGGAGGUUCUGAGUAAGGAGGAGGAUUGUGCUGCAUUACCCGGAGAGAAGGCGGACGAGGAGGAAGAACGCGUGGAACAAGACCUUGUCAAACUUUCGGAGUUGAAUAAGGAGUUCAGGCCAUACAGAGAUGAGGAAAGCCUGCAGCACCUGAACGAGCAUCUCGCCUCCAGCCGUCGGCACCGGACAGACAGCGAGUGCUCUGGGACAUCCUUCCUUAGCAGCCACUCCACCAUCGCUCCUGACGUAAUCCGCAUGAAGGUGAAGCGCCAGCUGACGAAGCAGCAGAAGGCCGCCGCACGGCGCCGGUUGCAGAAAGGCGAGGCCAACGUCUACACGACAAUACGCCGCGAGAACAUGGACACCAUCCGCUCCUCCGUGGACUCCAACGACUUCUGGGGGUGACCUCUUCCCCCCCAACGGUGGCGGCCGGUGGCAAACACAGUUAGCCCCUUUGCGUGUUAUUGCGGAAGUCGUCGAGUGGCCAUGGGGGAACGUCUCGCUUUCCCAGCAUGCAGAGGUCGCAAACGGGUUUUGAUUCCUUACCCGUACCCAGCCGUACCAGGGUCGCAAACGGCUACCCGUACCCGGCCGGGUACGGGUAGCCGUUCCCUACCCGUACCCUAUCCGAAAUGAGUGACAAACGGUUACUCACCAGUGACUCACGGCCUACCCGUACCCGUACCCGGCCACACCAGGGUCGCAAACGGCUACCCGUACCCGGCUGGGUACGGGUAGCCGGGUAUCGGGUAGGGUACGGGUAUCGGGUACCCGGUUGCGACCUCUACCAGCUUGGUUCGUCCAAUGUGUUUCUUUUGCGGGUUGUUGCCCUUGCGCUGUUCGCCACGAUGUCCGAUGUUUUUCUCCAGGGAACCCAGAAAAUGGAGCAAAGCAACGUUGGACCACUUUACAUAGUAGUAUCCACGUUUUGGUUUUCACGCAGUUGAAAAAAUACGAAUGAUUUUACGAUAGCACAUGUAAAAUAACAACUCGGUAUGUUUAGAAAACAUUUUAAAUCUAUAUUUUUUCGAUGUAAAAGUGUAAAUUAUGUUUUGACUGUACUAUCGUCAUCAUCGCCCAUGAUCUAUCUACUGCUGGGUGAAGGCCGAGCCAAGUCGAUUACAUCUCUCACUUCUGCGAUGUAACAAUCCAUCAAGUGUCUCUGCACACGACCUGUUUCCAUUGCUCCAUAUCCUCUUGGAUGCCAUAUCCUCCAGCAAUAAAAUCACAAUAAAUUUAAAGUGUCCCGU